GUUUGUUUACUGAAAGCUACCGCGCUAACCUAAAAAGGCAGAUUGGACGUUGUUUCACUCAUCUCCCUACCACUUUUCCUGGGUUUUUGUGAUUAACAUCUUUUUGUGCACAAAUGAAUUAUUCAAGGGAUCCACCACCUCCGUACGAAACAACUAAUACUGCUCCAUAUCCUACAAUCGGUUUUGCAGUUGGACCAUACUCUGAUUCAACAGGAUAUCAAGGUGAACCAUCUAAUCCAGAGCCUAAAUCUAAUCGUGCUGAACCGUUUACAAGUUUACAAUAUUCUGAGAAAAGUGUUAGGCAUGCUUUCAUUCGAAAGGUCUAUCUAAUUUUAACAGCUCAGUUAUUAGUGACUUCAACGUUUAUAUGCACUUUUCUUUUUUCGUAUCGUGUAAAGUAUUGGGUUGCAAGAAAUUCAUGGUUUUAUUACCUAUCCUAUGCGGUUUUUCUAUGCACCUAUAUUGCAUUGGUUUGUUGUCCGAGUGUAAGACGAAGAUAUCCUGGAAAUAUUAUCGCGCUAUCUAUUUUU